AUGGUCAUCUGGUUCUAUGCGUUUGCUGCCAGCAUCGUUCCAGUAACAUCUACUGCAACGAUUGACGUUGACAAUAUACCGCGGACGCCAGAUGCGUUUGUUGAAGCUGGGGAGAUAAUCUUUAACGGAAAAGGGAAAUGCAUUACCUGUCACACGCUCGAUACGUCUGCGCCGCCGGGUCGCUGUCCCGAUUUAACAGAUAUUGCUGUUCGUGCCGCGACACGCCAACCGGGGAUGACGGCAAAAGAGUAUUUCAUUGAAUCCACAUAUGAACCGCACAAGUUCCUUGUUCCCGGCUACGGAAACAUUAUGCCACCCGUCUGGAAGCCGCCAAUCAGUUUAUCCGAGUUAGAAAUCGAAACCGUUAUUGCCUUCCUACAAAGUCAGGGAGGAGAAGUCGAUCUGACACCGUUUGAGCCGCCCGUCGAUAUCGGAAGUGCGGAAUCUCUCGUCGAGGAACUGCCACCUAUUCUCACCGGCGAUGUUGAGCGUGGUCAAAGGGUCUUUGUAGAGGGCGCGAAAUGUAUCGCGUGUCACACCGUUGCCGGCGUAGAACAACCUGCCGGUCAAACGCUUGAUGAAGGUGUUGAAGUUGUCACCGCCCCUGACUUGACGGAGAUCGCUGCAUUAAACAGCCUCCGGUAUAUCGAGGAGUCCAUCCUAGUACCGAAUGCUCAAAUUGUGAGCGGAUACGGUUCCAUCACGGUGAAAACCGGCGGUGCCACAAUUCAGGGGACACUUGUUACACAAGACAAUGAAAAGAUCGUCGUGCGUGUUAAGGACGCAGCCGGUAACGAAGAAGAGCGCACCAUUCUAUUGAGCGAACUUGAUCCGGAGCCGAUUGAAGAACUGACAGAUCUGAAGGGAAAAGGUUAUUUCUGGAUUCAAGUAACGCUUGCCGAUACGGGAGCCACCGUAAGUGGUGACCUCGUAGAAGAGGAUGAUGAAAACAUAACCCUUCAGGUGGGUGAAGAAACGCAAACAGUUUCCAAAUCGAAUGUGAAGGUUCAGGCGACGCUGAUUGACUUUGAUGAGAAUGUUAUCGUCGGGGAAUUGGUAUCGGAAAAUGAGGACGAAAUCACCUUAAAUGUUGAUGGCGAGGAACAGAUCAUCGAUACAUUCGAUAUCGACGAAGGACCGACCUACAGUCGUGCUUUCGGUAAGCGACUGGCUGUAACCUCCCCGAUGCCGAAUAACUUUCCGCUGUUGCUGUCCGUUUCGGACAUGAGCGAUCUGCUCGCAUUUUUAGCAACCCUAACAGGUGCGACAGACGCAACAGUGGCGGAGGGUGAAGCCCUAGAUGCGGGAACAGAGGAAACAGCCGAGUAA